UCUAAAAAAUAAUACACAGCAAGGUUAAUCAGACUUACAUACGUAUACCUACAAGAAUAAAACUUCAAAAAAAAUGGAAAGUAAACAAAAUAUAAAUUCGGAUCCAGGUGCUACACAAUUUGGAAAUUUUAUAAACUACUAUGAUUUUAACACUGUUGAACAAAGAACUUCUAAAAUAGUAGAUAUACCAGAAAGUUUUUGGAAUUUUGUAUUAGAUCCUUACAUUGUUUUAGAUGUUGGAUGUAAUUGUGGGGAUCUUACUGAAAAAUUAUAUGAAAUUUUAAGUGGCGAAGCAAGAAGAAAUGUUGUAGUGUUAGGUAUAGACAUUGACGAAAGUUUAAUAAAACGAGCGGAGAGUAAAACAAAGAAAAAUCAAAAUCUUAUUUUUAAAUGCAUUGAUAUUAUGAAUGUUAACCAUUUGAAGUAUGUAAAUGAUUUUUUAGAAAGUUACAACAGAAAGAAAUUUGAUGCAGUAUUCUGUCUAUCAAUAACGAUGUGGAUUCAUUUAAAUCACUCCGAUGAGGGAUUGAGAAAUUUUCUUAAAACUGUUUCGUUAAAAUCUAAAUUACUUAUUGUUGAGCCACAAUCAUGGGAAAGUUAUGGAAAAGCUGUUAGAAGAAUGAAAAGAGCCAAUUAUAUCGACGCUUUUCCAAAUUACAAAACUCUUAAAUGGAAAAGUGACAUAAAAAUUCAAAUCAAUGAAUAUUUGCAAAAUAACUGCAACAAAGUUAAGGUAUUGGAAACAACCGCUACAAAAUGGGGUAGAGUAUUGUAUUUUUAUAAAGAAACACAAAAUCUAAUGCUAAGUUAAAG